GAUUUAUAGUUUCAUGGACAUUAACUGAGGACACAGUACACUUAUAGUGCUACAGUAUCAUAUCACAAUACUAUGGCGACAAGACAUCAAAGUAAAAUCAAGUCCAGGAUUAAUGUUUCUAAUAAGUCUGUAUUUCAUCUGCAAGAUAAAAAAACUGAUGAUAAAGAGCUGUCUAUUGGUUUGAUCAAAUCAGCUAAGCGUACGGGACAAUUGAGUUUAUGUAACAGAGGCCUUGGAAGUGUACCUGACAAUGUAUGGAAUAUUGAUGAUCUUGUUCUGGAGGAAACAAAGGAAGUUGAUCUUUCAAGAUCAGAUAUUCAUAACUGGUGGAAUUCUGAACCAUUAAAGAUGCUCGAUUUAAGCUCCAAUGCUAUAAAUAUGAUAUCCCCCAAUAUAAAAUUGUUACAGCAUCUUGUUACUGUCAAGCUUCAUGACAAUGCAUUAUCGAGUUUGCCUCCAGAGAUUGGAGAACUAAAGUUACUUUCAAAUCUGAGUUUGGACAGGAACAAGCUUACUGAAUUGCCAAAACAAUUCUAUAAAUUAACAGAGCUCAGAUGGCUCAGCAUAUCAUACAAUGAAUUAAAAAAAAUUGAACCAGAUUUUGGUGAUUUAGUCAUGCUGACUUUCUUGGAUUUAUCUCACAAUAAACUUGUAGAGUUGCCACCAGGCAUGGGUUAUUUGGUUCGUUUAAUUGAACUAAACUUAUCACAUAACCAACUACAAGAACUGCCACCUGAUAUUGUUAAUCUCAGAGAUUUGAAAAAAAUGAACAUAAGCAACAACAACCUAAAAAAGCUUCCCCCAUUAGGUGAACUUAGAAAAAUGGAAAUGUUUGAUGCAAACCACAAUGAUAUUGAUGAACUUCCUGACUUUUAUGGUUGCACUGCAUUGAAAGAAAUAUAUUUAGCUAACAAUUUUAUAAAGGAAAUAACGGAAGAAUUCUGUGAUCAAAUGCAACAUUUAAGUGUAUUAAAUAUCAGAGACAAUAAAAUUGAAGUGCUGCCUGAAAAUGUAUCCUUAUUACAGACACUAAAACGACUUGAUCUUACCAAUAAUAACUUAAAUAAGUUACCCAGAAAUCUUGGGUUGCUUUCGCAACUACAAAGUUUGAGCAUGGAUGGCAACAAAUUGUCAUCUAUAAGACAAGAUGUGAUAAGAGGUGGUACUGAUCGAAUGAUGAAGUUUUUACGGGAUCGCAUGACGGAAGAAAUCGUGAGCGAAACUAGGACUGAUAAAGACUCUAUGUGGCCUGACAAGUACACAUUGAAGAAAAGUCAAGCCUUCAUGGUUCCCGGGCGCAACUUGUCCGAUGUGCCCGACGAUGUAUUCAAGGCUGCCGCCGACGCGGAAGUACACAUCGUUGACAUAUCUAAGAAUAAACUUACUACCAUUCCUGUAGGGGUAUGCGCAGUGAAAGAUACUCUGUCACAGUUAAUAUUGUCUUCGAACAACAUCGCAAACAUUCCAGCCGAGAUUUGCUGCUGCAUUCAUGUGCAAUAUCUUGAUCUCGGAAAGAAUUACUUGUCGGACUUGCCUCCAGAAAUUGGGACCAUGAAGAACUUAAGGGAACUCGUUAUAUCAAACAAUAAGUUUACGAAAAUUCCGCGGUGCGUGUACGAGUUGGAGAACUUGGAGAUCCUGCUGGCUGCGGAGAACCAAAUAGAGGAGAUCAACGUAUCGUCGGACGCUCUCGCGCGCCUGCGCCGUCUCGCCGUUCUGGAUCUGUCUAACAACAAUAUCGCCACCGUGCCGCCAGAACUCGGCAAGUUCACGCACUUACGAAGUUUGGAGCUCAUGGGGAACUGUUUUCGUCAGCCACGACACGCCAUUUUAUCUAAAGGCACCGCAUCUGUUCUAUCGUAUCUUAGAGACAGGAUCCCCACCAACUAAUACAUAGAUUAUAUCCAUACUCCGCCCCACCAAUUAUCAAUUUGUAAAAUUUAGAGUCUAAGUACAGAAAGUUACUGACUGCCAUUUCACAAAACUUAUUAUUUCAUUAAUAUGCGCUAG